UCUUGCAGGAGCGCGUGCCGGCGCAGCUGCUAGCUCAGCUUAUCUCGUUUGACUUAAACUGCGUUUAAACUCUUUUGUUUAGCUUCAAAAUGAGUGUAUGUAUGCCCCAGAAGAAGUUUUACCGACAGAGAGCUCACUCUAACCCCAUGGCCGAUCACACAUUCGAGUAUCCUUUGUGCCCAGAGCAGAUGAAUUGGUCCCAGCUUUAUCCUGAGUAUUUCAGUUCAGAUGAUGAGCAGAUGGAGACAGAGGGACGACAGAGUGCUCAGGUGGAGUUUGCUGAUAUCGGGUGUGGAUACGGGGGACUGCUGGUGGAGUUAUCAUCGUUAUUCCCUGAUCAGCUCAUUCUGGGUUUGGAGAUUCGGGUUAAAGUCUCAGAUUACGUUCAGGAUCGGAUCCGAUCUCUCCGCGCCUCUGAACCAGGAAAAUACCAGAACAUUGCCUGUGUGCGCAGUAACGCCAUGAAAUACCUCCCCAACUUCUUUACUAAAGGACAACUUAGCAAGAUGUUCUUCCUGUUUCCAGAUCCCCAUUUCAAAAAAACUAAGCACAAAUGGAGGAUUAUCAGUCCAACUUUAUUAGCGGAGUACGCAUACACACUGCGAGUCGGGGGUUUAGUUUACACCAUGACAGAUGUGGAGGAAGUGCAUGUCUGGAUGGUGAAACACUUCUCAGAGCAUCCGCUAUUCAGCCAAGUGUCUGAGGAGAAACUGAUGGAUGACAUCAUUGUGGGCCGUUUAGGAACAUGUACAGAAGAAGGGAAGAAGGUGCAGCGGAAUGGAGGAAAGAACUUUCUUGCUGUUUUUCGCAGAAUCGAGGACCCGAGCUGAAACUCUUUCUUCAAAACCCCAGUGUGAUGACGCGACCACCAGAGCCCCAGCAUUCCAGGACCUAAUACAAAAACGUGCCAUUUGAAAUGAGAAGCAAAAUAAGCUCUAACUCAUUUUACACUCGCCAGAGUUUUUGGUAAAUAAUGUAUUAAAUAAUUAAAUUGUAUUUCUGAUUUUUAAUGUUGAGUUUCUGAGUUAUAAAAUGAAUCAUUUCUCAUGUUUCUGUUUUCUUAAACAUUUAUCAGAGAUGGGUUUUGUUCUGAGAACCGCUUUAAAUGGACUUCUGCAGAGUCUCACAUGGAUGGUGCUUUAGAGCUCAGAACCUAAGAGAGCUCCUCAGGACUCAUCCCCGUUCAGUCAGAAAGAGAUUUCUCCUCUCAGUCACUUGCCAAAAUUUUUUUUCCCCAGAGUUAGCACUAAACUAAUCUCAUUCGCAGAGAUAAACCACUGUGUGUCUGUGACUGUUCCUCUGACCUUUAAUCAUUCUCACACACACACAAUGAUUUUUCCUGAAGUCUGUCUUUCUGUUCUGUGAAAAUCGUUUUAAUAAAGAUUAAACAAUGUGACCUUAAA